AGACGGUUCUUCCUAGUCACUAAUUGGUUCUUUUCAUGACUGGGUCAGUUCAUAUGUCAGCGUGCGAUCGAGUAAACGCAUCAUUUAUACCCUUCAAUUCACGAAGAGACUGAGUCUUCGCAAAAACAAACUCUUCGAUGAAAAGCAGGUAUUCGGGUUUCUUAACAGGAUCCAGCAUAUAGUUAAACUGACUUGCUUCUCUGCGGAUGAACCUCAAUAUGUCGGGCACAACAGAUAUCCACGUACUGCACAUGUCCUGCCACACAGUCAAAAUCAUCGAUGUAGUUUGGGGAAAAUCGGUUCCUUGUCUGCUGGUUAUUGGAAUAUUUCUGAAUGCAGUCUUGUGUGUUGAUAUGUACCGGUCCAAGACGUACAACUCAAGCUUGGUUAACUUUUUCGUAUUCAAACUGUCGCUGGUUGACAUCGUGUUCAGGUUGGCAACCAUUGUACCAUGGGUACUAUUGCUGGUAAGCGAUAGUACAGAAGAAUCGAAAAACCCGUGCAGGGCGCUACAGGCAAUUGACGCAAUGUGUGGGGCAGCGUUUUUUAUAACACUUGCUUUGAUCUCUUGGAACUACUACGACAAACUAAAUUUGAGAGUCACGCAGACAUUCCCUUCUCGAAAAGCCUGUUGUAUUUUCAUAAUAGUUUGGAGUUAUGCAGCAGUUAGUGCCAUUCCGAUCCUCAUUAGUGCUCGUAGCGCGAGGUACACCGAAAUCCAAGAGGUAGGGGUAAUUUUCACGGAAGAUCUUAAAAACUGCACUGUCCCCAAACUGUGUGAUUUGGAGAGAGGUCACGGGAGGGGUCAAUUCUCAUCCACCUGGUAUUUAUGUCUUGGCUUCUUAAUCCCCAUGCUGGCCACAAUAACGCUGAAUGCGAUGAUUGCGAUAAGUCUCAAGAGAGGAGCCCAAGGGAUAAGAUCGACAUCAGAGAGCCUCAUCUUGGACCAAGAGACAACUCCGCAAAGUUCCAUUUAUGAAAAAGACAAGAUGAUCCGCCAUAUGCUGAUUGUGCUCAGCCUGUUAUGUGUUAUUUUCUGGGGUCCUACAUCUGUAAUUUUCAUGUUGCGAUCAUACAACCUGUUAGGCAAUGCCUCGUCUGAUAAUGUUUUGAAACUAUUGGUUUCAUUCGAGAUUUUAAAGUUCUUUAAUUCCCUGCCCAACCCCUUCUUUUUUUGGUAUUUCAUGCCUUGCUUCCGCGACAAGUGGGGUAGUCGCUUAAAUUGCUGUAAGCCACCUAAAGGGACUGUCUCGGUUGACAAUAACUACGGAUCUACUACCUUUAUGCACGCAUUGACCAGCACUGACGCAUAGCACGCACAACACCGUGAAUUUUAAUUGACUUUGCUAGUAUUACUUUUAGUUAAUACUUUGUGAUUAGUAUUUUUAAUUAGUUCUUAGAUUUAGCUUUAAUUAUUUGUUGCUAUUUGUAAUUUAUCUUUGUAUUUAACAAUUAUUCGCCUCAGGUUCGGUGAAUA